UGCGCCAAGAAGCAGUUGGCGGAUGCAGGAAAUAGUUUAAAGAGUAGAGGGUGGAGAACACCAUCUCGCCAACUCCAUCUGCAUUGUCUCUGCGGGCGAGAGAAGAAGAGACUGAACAAAUUGUUGGUGGGUGGUGAGAAAAAGAGAGAGAGAGUGUGUGUGUGGGGAUGAGGGAAGAGGAGGAAAAGAUGCAGCAGCGCCGGCGGCUAUUCAAAGUGCUGAGUAGUGUCUCGCUGCUAAGGUUGCUACUUCUCUGCGCCACUGUUACCAUCUCUCUCGCUGCCAUCCUUUCCUGCUGCAUGUUCCCUUCCGGCAAGGUUGCCGUCCGCCACGCUUCUCUAACCGAGAAUGAUAUUGCAAUUGAAAGACAAAGAUAUGAGUUACACUGGACAAGAUUAUCUUCUCCCAGACAGUUGCUGAAAGAGGCCACUCCUUUACAAAAGUUGGGUAGAAUCAAUGACACGGUGAUUCUCAACAAGCUUUGGAAGCCUCCCUCUGUUCGAAAGUUUGUGCAAUGUGUACAACCAAGUAAAUCAUAUACAGCUCCUAAUGGAUCAAAAGGUUACCUAUUGGUUAACACUAAUGGGGGACUUAACCAGAUGCGAGCUGGGAUAAGUGACAUGGUAGCUGUGGCUCGUAUUAUAAAUGCAACUCUUGUAGUACCAAAACUAGACAAAAAUUCAUUCUGGCGAGAUUCAAGCAUUUUCUCUGAUGUAUUUGAUGAGGAGCACUUCAUAAGUUCAUUAGUUAAGGAUGUUAAAGUUGUGAAGAAACUGCCUAAGGAAAUGUUAACGGCACCAAAGAAAUAUCAAACUUUUAGGAGCUGGUCUGGCAUAAACUACUAUGCAAAAGUGAUUUCACACUUAUGGGACGAUUAUCAGGUAAUUCAAGCUAUAAAAUCUGAUUCACGACUUGCAAAUAAUGAUCUACCUCAAGACAUACAGAAGUUGCGUUGUCGUGUUUUUUAUGAAGCCCUCCGUUUUUCGCCAAAAAUUGAAGCUAUGGGAAAGCUGCUGGUUGAACGGAUGAGAUCUUAUGGUCGUUAUAUUGCUUUGCACUUGCGUUAUGAGAAAGACAUGCUUGCUUUUAGUGGCUGCACUUAUGGUCUGUCAUCUGCCGAAGCUGAUGAACUCACCACCCUCAGAAAAAAUACCCCACAUUGGAGAGUGAAGGAUAUUGACCCCGUGGAACAGAGGGCAAAAGGAUAUUGUCCUCUAACACCGAAAGAAGUUGGGAUGUUCCUUAGAGCUCUUGGACAUCCAUCAGAUACUCCAAUCUAUGUUGCUGCAGGAGAAAUUUAUGGUGGUGACUCUCGCAUGGCUGAUCUCAGGUCCGCCUUUCCUAUUCUCAUGGGCAAGGAAAAUUUAGCAUCUCCAGAGGAGCUCAAGCCAUUUGUGCACCAUGCGUCUCAAAUGGCAGCCCUAGACUACAUUGUGUCAGUGGAGAGUGAUGUGUUUGUUCCAACCUAUUCUGGGAACAUGGCAAGGGCUGUUGAGGGACAUCGACGUUUCCUUGGUCACAGGAAAACAAUUUCUCCAUACAGAAAGGGCCUUGUAAAUCUCUUUGAUAAAAUUGAUCAAGGAUCGCCCAAUUCAACCAGAAAGUUAUCUGAAAAGAUUAUGGAAAUGCACAGGAAAAGGCGAGGAUCUCCUAGAAAAAGAAAAGGGCCUGUGUCGGGGACUAGGGGAAGGAAAAGGUUUCUAUCUGAAGAACCAUUCUAUCAGAACCCACUGCCAGAUUGUCUGUGCCUCAAGGAAACACUUCAUAUGCCCAUGCAAGAGACAGCAGAGCAUAAGCUGGGGUCUUCUUAGCAGGACGUCGUGGAAGUACUCUCUUUCUUCCGCCCCUUCGACGCCCCCUUUCCCUUCUAGCUGGCUACUACGGGCUACCCACCGCAAUUCGAGUAACCUGUUAGUGGCGCAAGUUUAGAUUGACUUCUUGGUUUCGCUCUCUGCAAAUUCUCCUGUAACUGGUAGCUUCUCACUCACCAAAUCAUACUUCAUUUCCCUAUGCCUUAAAAGAACGACAAAUCAGUGCAGCCGCCCUAAAGGGUGGCAAAUGCAUUUCCAUUGUAUAUUUUUACUGGUGUGGAGUUCUUUGUACUGUAAGCAUGGUAGCAGCAGGCUGGUUCUACUCGGGAAACCAGAAUUUGUAAUGAGCUGCAGUUGUCAUUUUAAGUUGUGAUCUCAUUUUUCCAUGUAUUUCAUGGCUCGUUCUACUCGGGAAACCAGAAUUUGUAAUGAGCUGCAGUUGUCAUUU